AAGUAGCAGGAAUAGAGAAUGACAGGGAGACAAUGAAUACAAUGAAUGCAUUUUUCCCUUAUACCCACUGGGUAUACCCACUAAAAAGGAAAAUAACAUCUAUAAAAUUAUAAAUUCAAAAAAGGAUGCAUAAACCAGCCACAGCAUAAAUCAGAAUACGGAUGGGCCCAAAUUUAUAAUUUAUAAUAGCAGAGUGCAUCAAAGCUAUCAUCAAAAACAAAAGACAACAACAAAAAAUCUGUCACAGAUAAUAAGUCACAAUAAAUUGCACAAUUGGACACAGAUAUACAGUGCUGCUUGAAAGUUUGUGAACCACUUGGAGAAUCUGUGAAAAUGUGAAUAAUUUUAACAAAACAAGAGGGAUCAUACAAUAUGCAUGUUAUUUUUUAUCUAGUACCAUCCUGAGUAAGAUAUUUUACAUAAAAAAUGUUUACAUAUGGUCCACAAGACAAAAAAAUAGCUGAAUUUAUAAAACCGACCCACUCAAAAGUUUGCGAACCCUUGAUUCUUAAUACUGUGUGUGGUUACCUGGAUGAUCUACGACUGUUUUUUUGUUUUGUGAUGGUUGUUCAUGAGUCCCUUGUUUGUCCUGAGCAGUUAAACUGCCCAAUAGUCUUCAAAAAUCCUCCAGGUCCCAAAAAUUCUUCAGAUUUCCAGCAUCUUUUGCGUAUUUGAACCCUUUCCAGCAGUGACUGUAUGAUUUUGAGAUCCAUCUUUUCACACUGAGGACAACUGAGGGACUCAAACACAACUAUUUAAAAAGGUUCAAACAUUCACUGAUGCUCCAGAAGGAAACACGAUGCAUUAAGAGUCAGGAGUGAAAACUUUUGAACAGGAUAAAGAUGUCCAAUUUUUUUCUUAUUUUGUUUAAAGGUGCUCUAUGUAUGUUUCUGACUGCACUAAAGCAUAAAAAUACCAUAAUAUGUUUGCAGAUAUUUAUUAAACAUGCUGAGUUCACAUACUUGUUUCUCUGAAAACCAUUGCUACAGCCAGUUAUUUUACUUUGAAAUUUGCGUUCUGUGUCGGAAUUUCUGUUUUUGUUUUGGUCUGUGCAAAACCGCACGUUGCCAAUUUACCCAAUAGUAUUUCGCCACCCCGGGUUGCCAGUUGGUGGAAAACACAUGCAGCAAAUUGCAGUCAUGGAAGACAGCGAACAAACUGGGUCAGAGAUCGCAGAUUCUACCUGACCUAAAAAGCCUCAGCAUCCAUCUAAAAAUCUCUAUGAACGGGAGCGUUUUAAAACGCGAUAUCAACUCAUCAUAAAUCAAUAAAUCAACUAAUUAUCUUACAGUGUGUAAGUCUCCUCGCCUUCCAAUGUCAAUUGAGCUCGCUCCUGUUGCGUGUCAAACUGGCAACCCCCAUGAGCGUGGAGUCUGAGGAGGAGGGGGCGGGGCAAACAAUAUUUUGAAUUUGGACUGCAGUGCCCAUUUCAACCACUAGCUGUCAUUCUUACAUAAAGCACCUUUAAAUAUCUUUUUUUUUUUCUUCGGAAGCAACAGAAGACACUUAAAUGUUUGCCAGAAGACAAAUUAAGUACAAUAUUCCUUGAUCUUCAAUUUCAAAAGGUUUUCACCCCUGACUCUUAAUGCAUCGAGUUUCCUUCUGGAGCAUCACUGAAUGUUUGAACCUUUUUUAAUAGUUGUGUUUGAGUCCCUCAGUUGUCCUCAGUGUGAAAAGAUGGAUCUCAAAAUCAUACAGUCACUGCUGGAAAGGGUUCAAAUAUGCAAAAGAUGCUGGAAAAUUUUGGGACCUGGAGAUAAAAACAGUCCAGGUAAUGACACACGUUAUUAAGAAUCAAGGGUUCAUAAACUGUUGAAUGGGGUCAUAUUUAUAAAUUCAGCUUUUUUUUUUCUUGUGGACUUUAUGUAAACAUCAUUUAUGUAAAAUAUCUUACUCAGAACAGUACUAAAUAAAACAUGCAUUUUGUAUGAUCCGUCUUAUUUUGUUAAAAUUAUUCACAUUUUCACAGGUUCUGCAAGUGGUUCACAAACUGUACAGCAGCACUGUAUGUUUCAUAUUAAGACUACAAAACUAGAUUUAAUGAUUAAAUUGUUAUGGUUAUGUUUAGUUUCUUGUCUUUUAGAUUGGUAGUAUUUUGUAUUUUAAAUGCAUGUAAAUGAAAUGCUGACAUUCAAAUGUUCUGUUAUUUAUUUAGCUUUCUGUCUCUCUUUUUUCCACUUACAAUAGUCACACUUGUGGCUGUAAUGAAGUGCACAGUGAAAGGCAUAUAAAAAUAUAAAAAUAAAUAAAGUCUUUAAUCAAAAUCCAACUAGGAAAAACUCGGGAGAAUUAAAAGGAGUAAAGAUAUACAACCACAUAAACAUAAACGAUACAGGACAAAGGAACAGAAUGAAAGUCAGGGCUUAAAUAAUCAACUAAAAAGAGGAAUGAAUGAGGGGCUAAUUAACAAUCAAGAGCAACAGAACACAGAGAAAUGAAACAAUCAAGGAAACUAACUAGGAACUCAGGCAGGUAAAAGAGGAACAGAACACAGAGAAAUGAAACAAUCAAGGAAACUAACUAGGAACUCAGGCAGGUAAAAGAGGAACAGAACACAGAGAAAUGAAACCUAAAUUGAACAUACACAUUUAACGUUUAUGUUAGUGUUCAAGGUUUUGUCAAAAGAUCAACCGCAUUACCACGAACUAUGAUAAACAUCUAAAUAACAUGAAGCCAUUUACUGACUUAUAAACUGGCAUAUGAUUUGCCAAUAAGUUAGUAUAAUUAAAGAUAUUGGAUUAACUGAAGUCAUGCUAAGGCCUGGUUUCACAGACAGGGCUUAGAUUAAGCCAGGAUUAGGCUUUAGUUUAAUUAGGGCAUUUAAGUAGCUUAUAAACGUGCCUAAGACAAAAACAUUACUGGUGUGCAUCUUGAGACAAAACAAUGGCAGUGACAUAUUUUAAGAUAUGUCAGUGCAAGUUGCCUUCAGUUAAAACUGUUCAAAUAUGCUUUUUAGUCUAGGACUAGGCUUAAGCCUUGUCUGUGAAAACAUGGGUAAGAGAUUUUGAAAGCAGACUAAUUUACACUGUCAUUUGUGAACAAAACAUUAUCAUCUCAGGGAAUUGUAUUUAAAUGGCCUGCUAUUGGUAUUUCAAAAGACACACCUAUAUUUCUAUGUUUACAUGUAUAUAUCGUCAAUAAUGUUCAUGACAAGAUUUUUUUUCCCUUCUGUCAUCAGAAUGAUCAGUGUUGGUUGCUUAAUGUCUAUGAUGUGGCGAAGGGGUGGAACUUGUUAUGCAAAAUAAAGAAAAAAGGUUUCACUCGCAAUGUACUUCACACACACCCUGAGUGUCACGGCAUGCCAGUUCUUGACAAUGCACCUGAAAUUCUAGUACCAGAAGAAAUAUGGUACAACGCUGCAAACAACGACGUCUGUGGAAAUCAAAUGGUGGCUGCAGAUCUCUUCGUUCAUGUAUCAUAUUCAUCAUUUUGCCAAUCCUGUUCCUAUGUUACUACAUCCUCGGCAAUGAAAUCUCAGAAACCUGGAUGUCAACCGUUGGACUAUUUCUUCCAGAGACUUUUACCAAUAAGUCAUAUUAUGUGGCUUACCCACACAAGUAUAAUUUUAUUAUAAAUGAGCCAGAGAAGUGCCAGAAAGAAAAUGCUUUUGUGGUAUUGAUGAUACCAGUAGCUCCAAGCAAUACGGCUGCUCGGGAAGCCAUCCGUUCAACGUGGGGUACAGAGAAGUUAGUGGGGGACAAGAUAGUGAUCGUAUUAUUUCUGUUAGGUCUGCCCAUUUCACAAGACAGUGGAAAGCUUCAAGAAGAUUUGUUGCAGGAAAGCGAGAAGUAUCAUGACCUUUUACAAAGUGAUUUCUGGGACAGUUACAACAAUCUCACCAUUAAGACAAUUGUAAUGCUAGAAUGGCUGUCUACUUAUUGUCAGAACGCAUCCUAUGCAAUGAAGGUCGACUCGGAUGUGUUUCUCAAUGUGAAAAACUUAGUGAAUAUGCUUCUGUCGGCACCAAAGCAGAACUAUAUGACUGGACAUGUAUACAGGACUGCACUGGUAAGGAGAAACCCCCGUUCUAAGUGGUAUCUUCCAAAAAAAGUUUAUUCCUCAUUUCUAUUUCCACCCUACGCACUGGGCUUUGGAUAUGUGUUCUCUCUAGACCUGACAGGGAAACUUGUUGAAGCAGCCCAACUUGUCAAACCGGUUUAUAUAGAGGAUGUCUUUUUAGGUCUAUGCAUGAAGCAUUUAGGAAUCGCUCUAACUGACCCACCCGAACAAAGCCUAUUCAAUGUCUUCCCUGUCAAAUAUAACCGCUGUCUCUAUUCAAAACUCAUUGUCACAACGACACAAAGCUUGAAAGACCAAGUCGAGUUUUGGAGGGAUUUACAGACACCUGGUCCGUAUUGCUAACAUCAAAAAGCUGAAUUUUUUAUAUUACAGUAUUUUUUUUAUUACUGUGCCGUUAACUAUGUAUUUGUGUAUAAUAACUGUUAAUGGAUGUUAUGAUCAGUUUUUAGUAAAAGACAUUUUUCAAUA